GGCUGAGGAGCUGCGAGGGGCCGGCCGUGUCCCGAUUGGUUCACUGGGAAUUAACGCCCAACGGAGCUUAGUCAUUUCUUGAGCUGCGCUGGACGAGGAGGGCCUCGCCAUGAUAAAACGGGCGGCUGCUGCUGCAAUCGGAGGAGCCCUGGCCGUGGGGGCUGUGCCCCUGGUGCUGGGCGCCAUGGGCUUCACGGGGGCAGGAAUUGCUGCCUCCUCCAUAGCAGCCAAGAUGAUGUCCGCAGCCGCCAUCGCCAACGGGGGUGGCGUUGCUCCAGGCAGCCUGGUGGCCGUUCUACAGUCCGUGGGGGCAGCUGGACUCUCCACGUCAUCCAACAUCCUCCUGGCCUCUGCUGGGUCAACUUUUGGGGCCUUGCUGGGAGGUUCAAAAAAGGUACCCCCUCCCUCUGCCCCAGGUGCCCCCAAGGCUGAAGGGGACCAGCCAGGAGAAAAUGUGUCCCAAGUCAAACCUCCAGAAGCCCCACUCAGGUCAGAGAAGCCUGAGAAAUAAAGAUCAUGGCAGAUGCA